GGGGAGCUGCGCCAGGCGGGACAUCCGGCCUCCGCUGCUUCCCUCCUCCUGCCCAAGCCGUCCCGAACCGCGGCGUCUGCAGCUUCGUACUCGGUAACGUCCAGCUGCCCCCUCGGAGCUGCUCCGCCUGGCCCGAGUCGAGCGCCCCGUGCCCCUCCCAGGGCCGCCUCCCAGACCCCCGGCGCUUUCUCUCGCCUAGAGCCUGAGCACAGCAGCCCGUACCCUUCCACUAGGCUAGGCCUGAAGCUGGACUUGCUUUCAGUGUCUCCAUCCCCUCCCUAGCUGCCCGAAACUGAGUUGUCUCCAAGUGACUGCCCCAACCCGUAAAAGCUAAUACUUGAAUAGGUCUUUCUACCGGGAGUGGGGAGCAAACCCAUGUUUCCUCGGCCUCUCACCCCACUGACAGCCCCGAAGGGCACGGAGUCCUUGGGGCGGGCAUCAAGGAGGACUCCCCUGGUCGCGGGAAGGAGUCGAGGCGGGUCAGGAGGGCCACCCCUGCUUCUCCCCUCCAUGUUGAUGUUUGGAGUGAUAGUGGCCUCCAGUGGGCUGCUGCUUAUGAUUGAGAGGGGCAUCCUGGCUGAGAUGAAGCCUCCACCUUUGCACCCCCACGGCAGAAUGGACCCUGUUUGGCGUAGGGUGGCAGCUGGAGGUCCAGAUAUACAGCUGGACCCUGGAGACUCGGACCACCAGGUGCGACAGGAUGUCAGGAAUCGAACCUUACGGGCUGUUUGUGGGCAGCCAGGUAUGCCCCGCGACCCCUGGGACCUCCCAGCAGGGCAGCGUCGGACUCUCUUCCGGCACAUCUUGGUGAGUGACCAGUACCGCUUCCUCUACUGCUAUGUCCCCAAAGUGGCCUGCUCCAACUGGAAGCGUGUCCUCAAGGUCCUGGCUGGUGCCCUGGACAGUGUGGAUGUGAGGCUCAAGAUGGACCAUCGAAGUGACCUGGUGUUCCUGGCUGACCUACGUCCAGAGGAGAUCCGUUACCGUUUACAGCACUAUUUCAAAUUCUUAUUUGUUCGUGACCCCAUGGAGCGCCUCCUCUCUGCCUACCGAAACAAAUUUGGUGAGAUCAGGGAAUACCAGCAGCGUUAUGGUGCUGAGAUUGUCCGCCGCUACCGUGUGGGUGCAGGCCCUAGCCCUGCUGGUGAUGAUGUCACCUUCCCCGAGUUCCUUAGAUACCUGGUGGAUGAAGAGCCAGAGCGUAUGAAUGAGCACUGGAUGCCCGUGUACCAGCUGUGCCAACCCUGUGCGGUGCACUAUGACUUUGUGGGUUUCUAUGAGCGUCUGGAAGCUGAUGCCAACCAAGUGCUGGAGUGGGUGAGGGCACCACCCACAGUUCGAUUCCCCUCCCGACAGGCCUGGUAUCGACCAGCCAGUCCCGAGAGCCUCCACUACCAUCUCUGCAAUACCCCCAGGGCCUUGCUGCAGGAGCUUUUGCCCAAGUACAUUCUGGACUUCUCUCUCUUCGCCUACCCAUUGCCCAAUGUCACCAGGGAGGCUUGUCGACAGUGACCAUUCCUCCAGCCCAGCUGACUGCCAGGAAAAGCCCUUUGGUGAACCCAAGGCCAACUGCUGCCUGGAUCCCAGAGUGUCCCCACAGUGGGAAAAAAGGGUCAGAAUUCUCAUGUAACCAGAGAAUUAUACUUCCUGUCAGCUGCAGCAGGACACUAGAGAUGAGAGAUGGGGUCAUCCUUCAAGGGCUCUUUCUGAAGGCUUUUUGAAUCUCCCUAGCUGCUGGCCCAACAGGCCCAAAUGCUUAGAACAAGACAAGAUGGGAAUUUUUUGCCCUGGAGAAGCAUUCUGAGCUACACUGUUACUUCUAUUGGGAGCUGGGGAUUGGGGGCUGGGGGUGGGGGGUCCAACCAGAAGAUAGAGACCUUUCCAUUCAGUAUUAACUAAAGGGGCAUUUCCCACAGCUCCUGUUCCCCGUGUCCACAGAAAAACGGACUAUAUUGGAGAAAAAGUUUGGGCCCUCACCCUGCUAGGGGAGAAAAUGGUAGAGCGAAUAGUGGUGGACUUGGAGUCUGAAAGACCCAGAUUCAAAUUUGCCUGAGAUAUUUGCCAACUUUGUUAUCCUGGGCAAGUAAUUUAACCUCUCUGGGCCUCCAUGACCUCUACUCCAAAUCUAUGAGCCUAUGAACAUUAGCCCCCUUUUCCCAGUAGCUGACAGCUGCCCACACCUGCUGCACUUUUUCCCAUGACCAGAACUGGAGGUGACAUUAAUCCUUUUUAGGGCCAGCCACAAAACCAUGCAAAGCAUAAUGGCAGACCGUGGUGUUGACUGCCUCCACCAUCUCUGUGCUCUGCUUUCUAAGUGCCUUCUAUGCCCUCUCCAAUGCCAGAUUCAGUAUAUUUUCUAUAUCAGCUGGGUUCUUCCCAUCUUCUGGAGGAAGAAACUGAACUAUGAGAACUCAACUGGGCAGUCCAGUUCUGAACCAGGAAGAGAACCAGGUAAUCCCUACUAAAACUCCAUCCCCCAUCACUCUUUCUCUAGCCAAGAAAUGGCCUCAAAAGGGCUGAGAGUCACGUGAUUCUCCAAAGUUGCAGGCAGUCCAAACAAACUGGCAAAUCAGUGGGGGUUUUUUCUUUAUUGUAUUCUUUUAUUUGGAGAAGGAAGAACUUUUUUUCUCUUUUUUUUUUUAAAAGAAAAAAUGUAUUUGCAUGUGCCUAUCCUGAUGAGUUUAUUUAAGAUUUGUACUUCUCAGUGCCAGCCACUGUCUGCAUCAGACAUCCCCUCUGAGGGUUUUUCUAACAGCUGCAUUUUUAAUAAAGUUGUUCUGUCUGCAUAUGGCAGGGUUCCGA